UGAGUCUGUGGUGGACGUGUUCUGGGGAACCGGGAGUCGGCGGGACCGAGCAAUGGAGCCGCUGUAUCAGCAGACCCACAAGCAGGUCCAUGAGAUCCAGUCUCACAUGGGACGCCUGGAGACGUCAGACAAGGAGUCUUUGCACCUAGUAGAAAAUGAAAUCCAAGCAAGGAUAGACCAGAUAUUCAGCAGCCUGGAACGCCUGGAGAUUUUGUCUAGCAAAGAGCCCCCUAAUAAGCGCCAGAACGCCAAACUCCGUGUUGACCAGUUAAAGUAUGAUGUCCAGCACCUGCAGACCGCACUUCGGAACUUCCAGCAUCGGCGAUAUGCCAGGGAGCAGCAGGAGAGGCAGCGAGAAGAGCUUCUGUCAAGAACCUUCACCACUAAUGACUCUGAUACCACCAUACCCAUGGAUGAAUCACUGCAGCUUAAUUCCUCCCUCCAGAAAGUUCACCACGGCAUUGAUGACCUCAUUGGAGGCGGGCACAAUAUUCUGGAGGGACUAAAGGCACAGAGAAUGACCCUGAAGGGCACUCAGAAGAAGAUCUUGGAUAUUGCUAACAUGCUGGGGUUAUCCAACACUGUCAUGCGACUUAUUGAGAAGCGGGCCUUCCAAGACAAGUACUUCAUGAUAGGUGGGAUGCUGCUCACCUGUGUGGUCAUGUUUCUGGUGGUGCAGUAUUUGACAUGAGCAGGCAGAGUUCAGUGACUGGAAAGUGUUUUCCAUCGUGUGUGUGUGUGUGUGUG